UAUAAAUAACCACCUCGACUUCAACAAAAUCGUAUCUCAAAUACAAGGAAACAUUACUAGAGAGUUUAAAGAGGGGAAAAAAAAUGUCAUCUGAUACUACAUGCCAAGGUAAGAGUUCAUGGCCAGAGCUUCUCGGAGCAGAGGGGAAGGUCGCUGCAGCUACGAUUGAGAGAGAAAAUCCUCUUGUGGACGCUAAAAUUGUGCUGGAAGGAUCAGUGGUCCCUCUGGACUUCCGCUGUGAUAGGGUUUGGGUUUGGGUUGAUAAAAGGGGCAUUGUUGUUCAAGUCCCUCGGAUUGGUUGAGAUGCAAAAAUACUGAUGCUUCUAAAGGAAAUAAGGAGAUUUAAUCUCCAUGCAUGCAUGUACUGGGUACUAGAUAAAAGUUGUUAUUAAUUCUCGUCCAUUUACU